AUUGGAGGAGACUUUGUGGAAGGUGCCUUGCAGGCAGGGGAUAGGAGGGGACGGGAUGGAAGGUGUAGGGCGAGGCGUCGCAGGUGAUAGGAGGUGAUGGGAUGGAAGGGGCGGAGCGUCACAUGGGAUAGGCAGGGAUGGAGUGGAAGGGGCGGCACAGAAGGGGUGGAGUGUCGCAGGGGAUAGGAGGGGACGGAAUGGAAGGGGCGGGGACACCCUUCUCCGACGGCGUCCCGAGAGCGGGAGUGGCGCCAGAGGAGGCGGGAGGAAGUGGGGCCAUGCCGGGGUAUCCCCGGGUCUGCCGUCUCCGUGACCUGCUGCUAACGGCGCUGGGCACGGGCGCCUUCGUAUUGGAUCUGGGUGCAGACCUGUGGGCCGCGGGCCAAUACGCCCUGCAGGGCCACUUGCUGUGGACCGCGCUGCAGCUGGCUUCACUGGGCCUCGCCUCGGCCGUCUUGCAGCUCUUCAGCUGGGCCUGGUACCGUGGGGACCCAGCCGGCUUGCACCCGGGCCCGUCCUCAGGCCGCUGGCUCGCGUUCCUGCAUUUUCUGCACUUGGGCUACCUGCACAGGUGUGUCCGGGCCCUGAAAGUGGGAUUCUCCCUGUGGAGGCAGGACGAGCCGGCCGAGGUCGACCUCGACUAUGCCAACUUCAUUUCCAUGGACAUCAGCAUGCUGCGGCUCUUCGAGACCUUCCUGGAGGCCACGCCGCAGCUCAUCUUGGUGCUCCACAUUACCCUGUGUAUGGGCAGAGUGGAAUACUAUCAGUGGCUGGGCAUCGGCACGUCCUUCCUCUGCACUGCGUGGGCCUUGCUGGAUUAUCACCGGGCUCUCAGGAGCUGCCUUCCCACCAAGCCUCCCCUGGGCUACCUCUCCUCCGCCGUCUAUUUCCUCUGGAACCUGCUCCUGUUGUGUCCACGCAUCCUGGCGCUGGCCCUCUUCACCACCGUCUUCCCGUGGUACAUCGCUGUCCACUUCCUGACUCUCUGGCUGGUCCUGCUCCUUUGGGUUUGGCUGCAGAACACGGACUUCAUGCCGGGCCCCACCUCCGAGUGGUUGUUCCGAGGCACGGUGGCCCUCAUACUCUACUUUUCCUGGUUUAAUGUGUCCGAGGGGAGGACUCGAAACCGCAGCAUCAUCCAUUUCAGCUUCCUCUUGAUGGACAGCGCCCUCUUGGGUGGCACGUGGCUGGCACACAACGUCCCAUUUCUGGGCUCCUCCCUGUUGCCUUGGCUGCUGCCUGGGGCCGCCCUCUGCUUCCUGCUGGGCCUGGGGCUCCGUGGCGCCUACUACCAGUGGCUGCACCCCAGCCGCCAAACGGCAGCUUUAGACGAGGGGGAUGGGCGAGGCCUUACCCUCCAGGACUGGCACCAAAACCGGCGAAUAGCCAAACUCGCCCAGAGCUUCUUCCCCAGAGCGGUCCCUGCCAAGAGGAGGGGAGUGAAUGGUGCCGUCUGAACUGGGAGGCAGGGGCUGUGCUGGCUGUGCCUCCCGCCAGCUGCCACCAGGAAGGGCAAACUGUCAGUGUCACCCCAAAGUGCCUUGUGAGCCCCAUGUCAAGGCCACACAAAACUCCUUUUCUGGAAGAUUUUUGUUUUUCAAGAAGGAAACACUUUUUCGUUGUCCCUCCUGUCUCAACUGGGGUGGGGGGAAGAGGUGCUGCUUAAGUCCCAAACAGGGAGUUUGAUUCAUUUUGCACAGGGCCAAGAUUUAUUAAAACCUUUAAAAUGUG